AUGGCUCUGGAGAUUCUAUUAUCUAUUAGUCUGCUGGCGAAUGCCACCAAAUCAGUCCUUAUUGGAAUGUUGUUCCGGCUGACUAUCAUACAUGCCGUUGAUGAGGGUAACUUCGUCGAUGAAGAGAGAUCUGAACCUGCCGGUGAUUUUUGGAUGAAAGACCACAAGCAAUAG